AAUAACUGUAAAUAUUUGUCAAAGUUAAAUAGCUUAUUAGUCUACAAGGGGAUUACAAAAGGCAUCGCAUUAUUUUCAUUUAAAUUCACCACACAUAAUUCGAGCAAUUUUUAUAUUUUCUUACGAAAACUUAAAAGUAUUGUCUCCCGAUUUAAUAUAGGUAUUAAUUUUUGAGUAAAAGUGGAAAUGUUUAAAUUAAUCGAAUGCAUCGUUCGUAUCUUUUUGUGCGCUUUGAUAGUUCUGCGCCCUGGUUUAGCGAUGAUACCCGAAGAUAUAAUGGACUACUCGUGUACGGACGAUGAGCAUUGUCAGUAUUACGUAGCGGAAAGUAUUAUUUCGGCCUGCUUUAAGGGCAUUUGUCAUUGUUACAACAACCAAACGAAGAUGGACGUUAUUUGCGAACCGAAUAUUCUCCGCACGAAUAACAUUAUUGGUGGUCACUGUCCUUGCAAUCUCCCGCAUGCCGAAUGUCAUCAAUCGGAUCAUCUCUGUUACUGCGAGGAGAACUAUGUGCCCACAAAGGACAAGAGACGGUGCAUACUUAAUUCUUUAAAAUAUAUCUUUGUAGGGGAAGUGUCAUUGGGCGGACCGUGUGAAACGGACGAACAAUGCCUGUUUUCGACUAUAUUCAGUCACUGCGAUGAGGUCACGAAGAAUUGUUCAUGCAAUGUUGACUUUUAUGCGAAAAACUCCACAUGCCUAUCGCAAACCAAGCUUAGAUCUAAAUGUAAUGACAAAAUGGAUUGUGGGCCGCACAAAACUUGUUUACCAGACAUUGGUGAGUGCGUUUGCGAACCGAGCUAUGUAAGCGCAAACACUUCGGAGGAUUGUCUACCGGGACGAAAGCUCCACGAAGACUGUGUGGACACGACACAAUGCUACGCGAUUAUGGGACCGGGUGCAGCCUGUGAGAACGGAAAAUGUCGCUGUAGAGAGGAAUAUGUGAUAGUGACGAAGAAAGGCACCGGACACAGUUAUAGUGUUGCCAUGGGAAGCGUCUGUAAACCCUUAGCGCAAAUCGGUCAGUAUUGCAGCCUUCAUGAGCACUGUCACAAUGAGGAUGAGAACGAGAAUGAGCAAUUGAUGGAAUGCGAUCAUGGUGAAUGCGUCUGUCGGUUCGGCAUAAAAAACAAAUCACCCUGCAGCUUGUCCACGGCCGCAACUGUAAACAUCAACAAAACUCUCCUAUGGCUCAUAUUGGCGAUGGCGGGUUUGCAAAUGUAUACUUUAAGAUGGGAAAAACAUGUUUAAACUAUUUUGGAAAAUUCAAUCGGUACCAGACCUUAAUUGUCUGUAAUUUGAUUGAUUUCAAUUCAGUUGUUUUCUUAUAACAUAGCUUGGAAAUGAAAUAAAAUAUCACGAUUUAUUUAAAUGAAGAUGCACCUUUUUGAUGUGGGUAAGAGAUAUAAGAGAAUAAAGGUCGCCUAUUGGUAGCCAUUCGGAGUUGAGCAGAUACAGCUUUAGUUCGCCUUAACCUUCGAUUACUCCAUAGCACCACUACAGAGUGGUAAAUAAAGGCUUCAAAUGUCAAUGGCUAAUGAAAAAAGCAAUUUAACAGAGUAAUACAUUUGUCUCUCACUUUAUUGUUGUAGUUGAUAUACAUAGUUUCAUAAAUUUUAUUUUUUACAUACAUACAUAAAUUGUAAUAUUAAAUUUAUAUAUAUGUAAUAGUUUUUUCUACAUUUUUGAUCCCGCUAUUGCGUUCUAGUUUACAACAAACAUUAUUAAGAAUUAUUGUCACUGGCAAUUAUCAUUAUCCAGUGGUGGUUAGUUUCAACAAAUUUAACAGUAUGCCCCGUGAAAGAAAUGAAAAGCAAUUCAAAAGCUGUGAAAAACAGGAGAAAACAACAAAAAUAAAGACUCAUUAACUCUCACUUUACUGACUGGUUGGCUAAUUGUGCCGAAUCGUUGCGAUAGAUGCUCGCCAAGCCAACCAAGGGGUCCAAGGAAAAGACGUGUGUUUGUAUUUGUGUGCGUGUGAGACGAGUUGGGAUAUAUUUUUUAAUACUUGAAGUAACAUGCAUGCAUGAAUAAAACAUUAUUGCGUUAAUUAAAAAUAACUUUAAAUUGGAAUGCUCUAUAUGUAAGUGUGUGUGUGUGUGCUUUUAGCUUUGACUUCAAACGUUAGAACUUAGAACUAAAAAAAAUGUGAGAACAAACAAGUUUGAUCGCAACUGCGACUGGUGGUUGGGCUGCGUUACUUAGGAUCAGAGGGUUCUUUAACAUUUUUUUUUUCGAUAAAAUAAAAUAAAACAAAAUUAUAUAAUUGUAGCAGACGCAAAAACCUGAUAUAAUUUACAAGAUCUUACAAUGAACGAAUAAAAACACGAAAUAACACAUUUAUGCUGCGUUUUUACAGUGAUUCACAUUUCACAAUUAGUUAUUUACAUUCUUAUUACUGUGUACGUGUGUUAUCGGUGUUUAUGCUUUAUAUAACAAUGAAUUUAGCAAGUAUAGUAGGUUUAAUUACUUCCAUAAAGUGCAUACAAUUUGUCUAACACAUUUAUAAUUUAAGUAUUUGUAAUAAAAUAUUUGAACGCCACACAUAGCGGACGUGUGAAUCAUCAAGCGCGUCUCAAUUACAAUUUUCUGUCUCCUAUUUUGCUAAAUAUCUUCGUUCGGCCGUAAUUAAUUAGUUUCACUUGCAGUUUCACUUCCAGUUGCAGUUUGAAGCAUAUUUCACAUUUUUCCCAUUUCAUAUUUAACUUACUAUCGAUGCUUGCUACAUAUAUUAA